UCAUUCUAAAUGUCAUCAAAACGUGCCAAGUUAUUCGUUGUUUGUAGCGUUUUUGUACGAAUCUUAUAAUAUUUAAAUUAAAAACACAAUUUAGUUACAAUUUUUGUAAGUUAUAAGAUUUAACGUGUUAAAUUAAAGCAAUAUGUCUUCAUGGAAAAAAGCUGCGAAGGCUAACCAAAAAACGCACAAAGAACGACAUCAGCCCGAAUCCAGAAAACAUUUGGGAUUAUUGGAAAAGAAAAAAGAUUACAAAAAGAGAGCUGAAGAUUAUCAUGAGAAGGGCGCAACGCUUAAACUGUUACGCAAACGUACGUUGGACAAAAAUCCAGAUGAAUUCUACUUUCAUAUGGUUAAUUCAAGAGUCAAGGAUGGGGAGCAUCAUGAGCUGGAGAAGGAGGAGGAGCAUAGCGUGGAGCAGAUAAAGCUGAUGCAGACACAGGAUAUCAAGUACAUCAACAUGAAGCGUACCAUGGAGAGCAGACGCAUUGAGAAACUACAGUCUCAGUUGCACAUGACAGAUGUAGUUGAUGCAACACCCAACACUCACAUAUUCUUUGUGGACGAAGGGGAAGAGAAGAACUUUGACUUAGCUAAGAGGCUGGACACUCAUCCCUCUCUGAUAAAUAGGAAGUCUAACCGCCCCAGGCUUUCAGAUUUGAACAAGAUUACAUUACCCACUGUAGAUGAACAGGUUGUAAAAGAAGCAACAAAAACAAAACUAAAGACGUACAAGGAGCUGUCAAAGAGGAUAGAGCGAGAGAAGCAGCUGACAGUUGUACAACAGAAGAUGGAACUGAAGAGGCACCUCCAUGAUGCUAAGAUCAUGAAGCCCAAGAGAAUACGGCAGGGUACGAAAGUUUCUGCACCCGUCUACAAGUUCCAAUAUAUGAGGAAGAAAUAAAAU